AUCUCUCAUUGUGCUUUGUGAGAAAAUUAUUAUUUCAUUAGUUUAGCACUAAAGUUUAAGCAGCCUCUAAUAUAGAUAUGGCAGGACGUCCGUACACCUCUCUCUUGUUGCUGGUUUCUUUACUUCUCUUAAUCACAUUCUCUGAUAUUGCUGAGGCUACAAAGCUUCGUCCUUCAGAUUGCAAGCCAAAGUGUACCUAUCGUUGCUCGGCAACUUCACACAAGAAGCCAUGCAUGUUUUUCUGCCUAAAGUGCUGCUCCAAGUGCCUCUGUGUUCCUCCUGGCACUUAUGGCAACAAGCAAGUUUGCCCUUGCUACAAUAACUGGAAGACCAAGGAAGGAGGACCCAAGUGCCCUUGAAAUUCUUUUACACGAUAGUAAUAGCAUAAUCGGAUAGCAGUAAUGGUACAAUUGUUCUCUUGCAGAGACAAUCUAUGCUACCUAAGAUCUGUAUGGUAGUAGAUCUUUACCCAUAUAGUGAUGUAGUUUUUGUUCCCAUCAUCUGUUGUGAAGGGGGCACUAUUGCAAGAUGUAUACCUGGUUGCCACCUCAUUUUUAUAUUGGCUGUUUUUUAUAAAAGACUUAAUUAAUUAUUUCUCUAU